AUGGCCAACUGGAAUGCCUGGAAUCCCUUCACCAAGCGCGAGUCGCACACGUCAGGGUCCAUCACCACCUACAAGAUCCUCACCCUCGUUACCUGGCUCUUGUCCGUCGUCGUGACCGUCUACUACACCAUCCACAGGCCCCAUGAUGGCUUCACCAUCCGCAAGCGCAUCUGGGAUCAGAACUACCUCUAUCCCAGCGCAUUCACCAUGAAUCACAUUCUUGGCGAUAUCUACUGGGUCGGCCUAUUUGUUCUCCAGUUCGGCUACAUCACUCACCUCUUCUCCCGCAAUGCCGAUACCGUCAAUGCCGCCGCCAGCGUCGGCAGCCACUUCAUUCUGAACAACCUCUUCCACUUUGGCUUCGUCAUGCUGUUUGUCCGCUCGCACUUUCACUGGGCUGAGUUGCUCCUCAUUCUCAACUUUAUCAAUCUGUCUUCGCUGUAUUUCCGCCACCACACGUACCCGCGCUUCAUCCACGCGCCCACCGUGUCGGGACCUCUCGCCUGGACCUUUGUCGCCAUUUACUGGAACGGUGCCAUCAUGGUGCCGCACCCGCACAGCCUCGUGGCCCGCAUCUUUGGCAACAUCUUCAUUUGGUCACUCCUUGUCUACGGCAUGUUCUUCAUCAUCAUCUACAAGGACUACACCAUGGGUUUUGCCCUCAGCAUGCUCGCUGCCGCCAUUGGUGUCGCUCAAUUCACGCGACAGAUCAUCGCCCUCCAGUGGAUCUUUGCCUUCAUCAUCAUGGCCCUCCUUUUCAUCAUGACAGUCGUCGUGGCUGUACCCGCCUGGACUGGACGAGAGAUUAGGUGGCGACGUGCUGAGCCGGCCGACCAGGAGCGUGCUCCCCUGCUCAACGAGUAG